CCUUUUGUGGACAAUUGUACAAAUCUGCCAAACUGAACCGAUGAUCGAACAAUGUUAAACACUAAAACGAUGCCGAAAUGUGGUGAUGAAAAGUGAGUGACGAAAUACGUGCGAGUGACAGGUGACAAGUGUCAGAUGUGGCGUGAACUAUGUCAACGUCGCUGUCGCGUGCCCAGAGUUGGCCGCUUCUCAGCAACGCUGCGCAACCGGACGAAGCAAGGAAUACGGCAACAAAGAACCAAGCGCAGCAGCUGCAAGCCCGUCGGUUCUUGUGCCGUCACUACUACCCCGAAGGUGGCUGGGGUUGGGUGGUGGCCACCUGUGGUUUUCUGGUGCACUUUCUCAACCACGGUGUGCAACUGUCCUGUUCGCAGCUGAUUUCACCGGCCGCCUUUAAGUUUCAUGUUCAUCCGGGAUAUCCAGCAGGGUCGAAGGCCGAUCGGAAGCUAUUAAUGGGGUGCCGAAUGAUGGUUGCCCACAUCGAAUCUAGUCGGAAAAGGUGGAGAGUCAAGGUGGUUAUAAUUGGAUAGGGUCUGUGAUAGAUAGCGUUUUUCUCGAUAUUUUUGUUAUUGAAAGAUUCCAGUGAUCCUUUAUAUUUCAUUUGUCUUUCUACAAUGUUCCCGAC